CUCUCGUGUUCUUUCCGCCCACAGCGAGUGUAGUUAGUGAUCAUUUGCAGUACAAACAGUACACAGCCGGAUACAUUUGGUGCUGGAGGAUGUGCCGCUUACAGCUGUGUGAAGGAAAAUGGUGUAAAAGAAGGCUGGAAAACACAAAGCUUCAGAUUUACUCUCUCCAUAAAAACGCGGAGGAGCAGCGCUGUCUCUCUCGUGCUGCUCGGGAAACAAAGCGAGACUAACCAGAUGCGGAUUUUACUUCACCUACGGCUCCAGUCGUGUAAGUUAAGUAACGUUAGUGGCGUCGCCGGCUCCCGCACUGUUGAUUUAAAUUUACACCGCUCCAGGGCCUACGUUGUGAAAAAGCACCACCGGCCUACUUAUUUGCUUGAAGAACUGUUUUGACUACAACGAGGAGGAGGAGGAGGAGGAGAGCAUUGUGGGCGGCGAGAUGCUCCAUCUGGGGGACUGAGCUCCAGCGCUUCACCCGCUCCUGAUCUCCAACAUGGGAGAAUGAAGCAGCCAUGAAGACGCCGCCAUGUCGCGUUGAGCUGAUGCAUCUACAUCACCAUGUUUAGCGUGAGCUCACCAGCAAUGAUGCCUGUUCACCCCGGGGAAGAAUGGUUCACUCCACUACUGUUCCCCUUCCAGAGGCAGGGGACAUUAACGCCAGUCUCUGCUGCCUCGUUACGGGGCUGCUGAGUGUUUCCAAGAGGCCGUCGAUGGCAAACAUCUCCAUGGCAAACGUUUCCCUGGGCUCCCAGUCGCCCCCGGAGCCGGUCACGCCGACGGUGGAGGCUGUGAAGAGCCUGCAGGGCAUUGGCCUACCUCUGCAGGUCUUCUUUUGCUUCAUCAUGGUCGCCAUCCUGCUUUUGGCUCUGUUGGGAAACGUGGUGGUGUGCCUGAUGGUGUACCAGAGAUCUGCCAUGCGCUCGGCUAUCAACAUCCUCUUGGCAAGCUUGGCGUUUGCAGACAUGAUGCUGGCCAUCCUGAACAUGCCCUUCGCUCUGGUUACCGUCGUGACCACCCAGUGGAUUUUUGGAGAGGUUUUCUGUCGAGUGUCGGCCAUGCUCUUUUGGUUUUUUGUGAUGGAGGGCGUGGCUAUACUGCUUAUAAUAAGCAUCGAUCGUUUUCUUAUUAUUGUCCAGAAGCAAGACAAGCUGAGCCCACAGAGAGCUAAACUGCUCAUAGUGGUCACAUGGGGACUGUCUUUCAUUUUCUCUUUCCCGCUGGCUGUUGGUUCCCCUCCCCUACAGAUCCCUCCCAGGGCCCCUCAGUGUGUAUUUGGCUACAGCACUGAGCCUGGUUACCACGCCUAUGUGUUGAUACUAAUGCUAGUCUUCUUCUUCAUGCCUUUCAUGGUCAUGCUGUACACAUUUAUGGGGAUCCUGAACACCAUCCGCCACAACGCCAUCCGCAUCCACAGCCACCCUGACAGCAUCUGUCUGAGCCAGGCCAGCAAACUGGGCCUGCUGAGCCUCCAGAGGCCCUUCCAAAUGAACAUAGACAUGAGCUUCAAGACCCGUGCCUUCACCACCAUCCUCAUCCUCUUCUCUGUGUUUACGGUGUGCUGGGCACCCUUCACUUCCUACACUCUUGUAGCUACCUUCAGUGAUGGCUUCUACCACAAAGACAGCUUUUUUCAAAUCAGCACCUGGGUCCUGUGGUUGUGCUACCUCAAGUCGGCCCUUAACCCUCUCAUUUACUACUGGCGGAUCAAGAAGUUCCGCGAUGCCUGCCUUGAUCUGAUGCCCAAGUAUUUCAAGUUUCUUCCUCAGCUGCCAGGUAACACCAAGAGGCGCAUACAGCCCAGCGCAGUGUAUGUGUGCGGCGAGCAUCGCUCUGGGGUUUAAAGGAGGACUCCAACUUCAACACUGUUAAAAAGACAUUUUACUUGAUGGACUGUUGCAGUUCUGGGCCUGUUUUCUUGUUUGGUGGUAUACUUCUCUCGGCUGGUGUUCAGAAUGAAAACAGCAUUCAAAAUGUGACAGGGGGCAUUUUGCUGCAGGUGCCGGGUGAGAAGAUGAAAUGCAAUCAAGGAAGUCCAGUUUGUGUUAAAGAUGCAUGAGUUCUAAGGCUUGUCUGAUGACAAGACACUUGCGCAUAGUGGUUUAUUAGACAGGAUUUUAAAACUUUGGAAUAGAGCUGGGUUGUUUUUCAUUGGAAAAUCGAUGUUGGAAAUUUUUGAACUCUAGCUCUGAUAUCGCACCUGAUUUUCUAAAAAAAAAAAAAUUUUCAUUUACAAAAAAAGCCAAACUUGUAUAGCUGUUUCUAUUUAGACAACUUUUAACAUUUGACAAGAACCUUGAACCAGAAUGUUGCCUGAAUAAAAUACAGCAUACAUUUUUAAUGUACUGUAAAAAAUAUUCUAACUCAAGGUUCACUUACUAGCUCUUUUGGGCAGCUUUUGUCUUCUUUAAUAAUGGAACUUGCUUAUAUGUCACCUAUCCACAGAACACCUGUCACAUGAUAACAGGUUUUAUAAGGCGGGGAGUUUGUUCCUGUUCAGGCUUUGGGAUAUGGUUGGAAGGUCCAGAAAUAGCUAUUAAGUGAACCUUGAGUUUUAUGGUACUAUUUGAGCACAGAUACUCAGUGUCAGCUUCCUGUACUUGAUGCUUCAUUUUCUAUAAUAAUCAGGAGUGAAUUUGGCAGCAGGUCAUAAAAUCACUCCUCACACAGUAGAUGGUCCCGCACCUGUCUGCUGGCUUCAUUUCAUUUAGAUAGUUGCCUUAAGUGUGAAGAUUUCUUCAUUCAGGUCAUUGUAUAUCAAGAAGUACCAACUCAAAGGCAGCUGCGCUGGCUGUUUAGUCUCAGUCUCAAAUAGCAGAAAAACAACACAUUUGUAAAACCUCCUUUUUAAAGAGGAAGCAGAGACACUCAUCUCCAUACCUUCAGUGGUAGGGCUGGGUAUUGUUUAAAAAUGCUUGAUAUUAGGGCUGAUCUAAUGCCUGCAUAAUGCUUUUUUUAAUACCAAAGUUGUCACAUGCUCAGUGCUGUCUAAACACAAGCAACCAUACAAGAGCUGUACCUAAAAACAGCCAAAUUAUUAUUGAAGUCAAAAACACUAUAAAACUGUCCAAAUAUUUGAUGCCAUCUUUUGAUACUUGACUGUUCUUAUCACUUGGUUCUAUCGACACAUUGCUUUUGGUACAGAACGUAUUUAAAUUUGAUACCCAGCUCUACUCAGUAGACCAAAAUGCAGUGCAGCAACAAGAGAUUGACUGCUAAAAAUAGAACCAUAACCUCACUGUCUUUCUCUUAUGCUAUGGCAAUGGCUCUUUCUCCACCUGCUCAACACACAGCCCACACUUCUUCUCUGAGGUGAUACAGUGUCAGUGAAGAAGGCAACUGAAGCAAACUAUAAAAGCAAAUUAAAACAGUUUAUAACUCCUGCAAAGCACUGAAUAGCACAUACUGUGUGAGAGGAUAAACGGGUGCUUUUUUCCUUUUAUUAUGAAGACUGAUUUGACUUGACCACAUGUCUUCUCUUGCCACUGGAAUCUGGAGUUGAAGGGAAAGGACCUUGUGUUUUAGCUGCAUAGAAUUUGUUUUACGAGGCAUGUAAAUUAACAGCUUAAAUGGAAUUUGAAUGUGGUCUGAAAGUGGCCACGACACUUUGGACGUGUGUAUUUCUAUUUAAAUGUUUUGGAUGUGCCUAUUGAUUAGUCCAUUUGCCAGUCAGAAUGCUGCUAUAUCUGGUGAAAAUGUGCAAUUUCAGUGUACUGUACUGUUGAAUGUAAUAAAGAAAUAGACAUUUCUUACCUUGGUAAACUGUC